AUGUCGAUAUAUUUUGAUUUCGACGUUGGUCCUAAGGGACGACAGUUUAGAAGAGCUGUCGAGGCUGAUAAAGAUGAUAUUGAAUUGAUUUGGAAUCGCAAGCACACGAAGGAACUGUUCUUUGAUAUCAAUAUCGGGUCCUUGAUCGAGCUCUCAGCCCUAUCGAUAUGCAUGAUAAACGAUAAAAAAGAAGUGAUAGGAUUCAUGGCGCUUUCCGAUCAUCCCCCUGUCAGUGGCCUAGACCCCUCGGAUUGGGAGUAUUGGACACGAAACAUGUUUCAGCGCUACUUUCUAUCUCGCAAUACGCUGUUCAUACACUUCAUGUGUUGCAUCGACUCUGUGACCGACUUCUUUGUAGAAGAAGCAUUGAUAUCGGUGUUCAUGAAUGACUACUAUUUAAAUUAUAUUGUCUUGGUUGUACCUUUGUUUUGUCCUGAAGAAUUAAUAACAAGGUUCUUAACGUUCAAGAAACGCAAUAUAAUGAGGUAUAACGCUAAAUCUCAAGAUGUCACUGGCAGUUAUUUGUACACGGCUCUAAGGACUGAUUUUUGUCCGAGACUGAGGAUGCGUCGAGCGGUGGAAGAAGAUAACGACGAUAUAGUAGAAAUACUGGACAAGAAGUGUCCUCGUUUAAAGAAAUUGUAUGGUGAAUAUUAUAUUAGCGAAAUAAUUGGCCGCCAUCCUGAAAGUGAUAGAAAAAUCAUUGUUGCUGAUGUGCAAGGCCGUGCUGUAGCUGUGAUGUGCAUAAACACAGAGAUAAACUACAAGAAACUGCAGAAGCUGUAUGAAUUGCGACCGUUCCAUGGACUGAGGGCUGCUACACCCCUCGAGAGAGAACAGAAGAAACGAGGAAAUGCUCUAUUACAAGAAUUCGGGGAACCGAUAAUGACUGGGCAAUGGGGUCCCUUCCAUCGCCUGUCGGAUAUAAAACACGAUACUAAUAAAAACGGUAAAAACAAGAGUAAUUCGAAAGGUACUCGGAGAGUAAGCAAGGUGAGCUUCACAGGCCACGCGCCAAACUUCGACCAUAUGAUAAAAUCUCACUCGGACGACUUCAGUGACCCCAUUAAGCCUUCUAAAAAAAUUCGACCAGACGAAGAGGAGUCUACAGUUUACCAAGGCGUUGAAAAUGCUUUUAUGAUUGAACUGUUUGCUUUCCGCGAUGACAUCGACGAGAGAUACGCUUAUGACUUAUUGGAAGCGGCCUUCGAACUAGCGAAGGACUAUGAUUACUGCAUCAUUCGUGUACCGUCAGCAGAUAAGACUUUUCCUUUGUUGCAACAUUUUUGUUUUGUGCCGACAAAACCUAGAGUUUCUUGCAAAUACUCACUUUAUGUCGCGCACCGCAGUUCAGUUUUGGGAAAGUUACGGGUACGCGAUAUAGAAAUUAUGGACGUUCCUCAAAUAGCGCAGCUUCUGGUGAACUUGGAUGCAAAACAAACGAUUACUACAAUAGAAACUACUUUCAAUAAUAAGAAAGACAAUCAAGCAUAUGUGUUUACGAGUGGAAUGCACAUUGUUGGAUUAGGAAUACUUGAGCCUCCAGAUGAAAUCGAUUUUCUACGCGGGCGUUACAAUCUAGACUCGUAUCAGAUACACAAAUAUCACAUUUAUGGUCAAGGCAUUAACGCUGGUUUUGCUACCAUCAAGUUUGCACUGGUCUAUCCAGCAUUCGAACCGCACUUCAGGUUCUUUUUAAGAGAAAUGAUGAGACUUUCUGGACACAGUACGCUUUUGUGGAUGACGGCUUAUCGGAAUAAAUGGGUAAUCCAGAAGGCUAACUCCAUGGUAGCCUCCAUGAUCCCUCUUACACCAAGAACUGUUGAGAUUGACAGCACUGCUGUACCAGAGCUUAGGAGAACUUGUUUUUUGGCGGAGAAAAUCAUACCUUUUAGUACAUGGUUUAUAAGCAAAAAGUACACCACCAUUCCCAAAGUGGACAUAAACACUCACAUAGUGGUUGUAGGUGCUUCUAGAACAUGUCUCGGUUUCCUGAAUGGCCUUCUAUUCGGCCAGACAUCAACCUACCUCACCUUCAACAACGUGACACUAAUUUCGCCCCGUGGCUUGCCUUACAAGAGGCAUUCCAAACCCGCAGCUGAGUCUAUGUUCCUAAGAUACUACGUCACUACCGACAAGUAUCUGAAAUGUGUUCCCUACACGUACUACGUGAAUGUAAUACAAGGAACUGUUAUGGAAAUGGAUUUGCAAAAUAAGUUAGUAACUUUGACAAGUGGGAGCAGAUACUACUAUGAUCUUCUUUUCCUGUUUUUUGGUAAACAAUAUCAGCAUCCCGACCAUAUGACGCAACUGUUUGAGCGAGAAGAUAAUUACAAGUUGUCUCACAAAUUUCGAAAGCACUGGAAAAAUUACAAUAUUUCUGUCUUCAGUCAAACGCCACAUUAUACGCCAUUAGACAAGCCCAGAUUCAGCGACACAGAGAUUCAGAUAACCAACGACGAUACUCCGGACAAUGUGUUCAUUAUAAACAACGUCGUCGAAGCCAAUAGGGCUUUGAAUUAUCUACAAAAUGUCAUUGUUGAUAGAAAAUCUUUUUUUACAGAUAAAGUAAUAGUUUACGGAGCUACCAUACACGCCUACUUGUGCAUCAAUGCACUUUUGGAGUUCAGAAUACGUCCCGAGAGCAUAAUAUUUGUAGAACCGUUUCCUUAUGAAAAUCCAAAUAAGACCAGAGUACCAGUGUUCGAUAAUGUCUAUGUGGAUAAAACAGUGAUACAGAUCUUGGAAUCUUUAAAAAUAAAAGUGUAUCGAUCCUUCUACUUCAAGUCAUGGUCUGUGACAGUUGACAAUCUGAUAACGCAUGCGGACUUUUUGUCGUACUCCGACUAUCUGAACCUGGAGUGUGACGCUCUGUUCUAUUUCGGAAAAGUAGGAGUCAAUAUGAGUACUUUUAUAGCGAUUCACAAAAGCGGUCUAGCAUACGACGCGGGUAUUGUAAUAGACCACGAGUUCCGCACAUUGGACCCGCACGUGUAUGCCGCGGGUCCUUGUACGCGCUACCACAAGCGGUACUACGCUGACUCCAAGAGUCAUAAGUAUUAUGAGAGCUCCGAACUUGGGGAAAAGGUUCGUUUACUUAUGUUCUUUAAUCAAAAGAAAAACCUUUAUUCAAACUCGGCUGCAAGACGACAGCACUUUUUGAACGUUAGGAAUUUACAAAACACAUCCCCUAAAACGCCCAUCCUUCACCACUUCCUAUGUUUGGGUAUUCGAAUAAGAAAGCAAUUGGACCCGCUCUUCGUUGAAGCGAAUUCGCCGUUUACUUACAGAUGGUCACAAGAUUAUAUGGUGAAACCUGAAGUUGCUGCUGAAAAGUCGGUCACCUACUUAAACAAAACUGGUGUUCUCCACGGCAGUGACUUUGCCAGGCCCGAGAUGGCGCUGAUGUCGCUAACAAAGCCUACAGUCAUGUAUUGUGUGCUGCCCGGAGGUCUCAAGUACUUGGAAGUACGCUCGCCGGGGAAGAAGAUUCCACAUCACUAUGUGCAAUCGUUAGAAUAUAAUGGAUACGUAUUCGAGACGUUCAAAUCGGGCUACUUCAAGCUCCACUUGAAUAAGGACCUGAUUGUGGAUGGAAUCACUUGUCUGAGCCAGGGCAAGUUCUCUCUAGAAAACUUCAAGCAUAUCUACGGGAGACCGGCGUCAGAACUCAAUAAUUUGCACUUAAGAUACAUGACAAACCAAUUGGAUAACUUCUUCGAAUUCUUCCGUGCUUCGUGGGCUUUCUUCUUGUAUCACGACCACGCCGAUGACCUGUUUGCGAUGAUAAAACAACUGUUCCCCAAGGGACAAAAUAAAGGAUUGACUGUCAAAGAAGCAUUAUGUGAAGUUGGCAUGCGGCUUACCGACUCUACCUCGAUGGAUCAGAAGAUGGUAAUUCAAGCGAACUUCGCGAAAUCGCCACAUAUAGAGGCGGUGACAGACUUUGUGAUAGAUUGGCUAUCACAACACGAUGUGCUGUUACCAAUGUACCUACAACCAGGCCAGACUGUGUUGUAUGCUAGAGUAUUAGACGCUGCCCACCCGAUAUUUAAGAAAAGGAGGACGUUGCCUGAAAUGCUUUUUUAAAUUGUAUUUUUAUGACAAUGUUGUUUUAAAUGAAUAAAUAUGU